UCAAAAUCUCGUGACAGACUUUAUCAAUUGAAUAAACACACAUAUGUCAGGUUCAGAACCAUAUUAGCAGUUUAUCGAGUAGAAAAUCAUUGACUACAAAAUUGUAUACUCGCACCCUAAAAUACUAAAGCGUACCAUAGUCAGUUUUGAAUAAUCCUCCAGAAAAUUAGAUAUUUUUUUAGAAAAGGUUGAUUCAAAUUUACACGAACAUCAGCCUUGACGACUAAGAUUUGUUUUAUUCCUUUUAAUUAUACUGAAAAAAAAAUCAUUUGCUUACUCUUACAAAACAACAUGUUAUAUUUCUUGAGUCUUAUUCUUCUCGCCAGCGCUGGAGCUGAUUUGAUCUUUCGAAACUCCGGCAGCUGGUCAGGUGCAGUUCUCGUCCCUGGAGGGCCCGCUGAUCAAAUAUACGUCGGUAACUGCGGGCCGGAGGGAUCGAUGAAGGCGGAUGCAGUCUACAUGUCGCCUUGUCCUCUGGCGCCACAGGGACCCUGUGCUGUUAACAAGGGAGACACGGCCAAGAUAUACGUCAACUUCACUGCCACCGAAGAUCUGGAUGCUCCAUACACUUACGUGUAUGGCAGAGUGGGUGUGUGGGUUCCCUACUCUAUCGGAGACUAUGCCAAGGUGUGCAGCCACAUUGGGGAGGGGGUCACCUGUCCCCUGAAGACGGGCGAGAAAUACCAGUACUACGUUGAAGUGCCUGUACUCGAGGAGUACCCAUCGCUGACUCUACCAGUUGAGUUCAAGAUGUACAAGGAAGAGGGAUCAGACGAUGAGUUGAUGUGCUUCGCACUUGCUCUGCGAAUCGUUUAGACAGACUACUGUUUCAUAAAUUAUUAGUUUGUAUGUACUUUUAUCUGUAAACGGAGUCAUGCCAAUUGAUAAUUAUUGAUUAUAAGCUGAGUUUAAUUAUAUUAAAGAUAUCGUUAAGGAACCAUGUCAUCUCA